AUGGACUACUUGAUGAUCUUCCUCGAAUUGAUUUUCGUCGUCCAGACCGCUUUCCUCGCGACAUGGACCACCACUUUCAUCUAUUCGGCCAGUGACAUGUGUACACUUGCCGAGAUCUCCAUUUCAGUUUUUUACUACAUCGCAGUGCUCAUGCAAGUUCGCUAUGUGAUCAUUCUCGAUUUCUUGCUCUGCAUCACAGACAACGUCAUCCUCAUCAGCAUCAAGUUCGAAAUGGAGAUGGUUCAACACUUCCAGCAAGAUUGGAACAUCUUCAUCGCGUCUGCUGUUGGACACUUGUUCCACAAUUUCAUGUUCUUCGGUCUGUUCCUCGUGCAGUACAAGUGGCAGGAGUGUAAUAAGUCAUUCGAGGCUCUCCAACAAGCCGACUCCAAAGACCAGAACGAGGAAAAAAACAAGGAGAAGACUGCUCCAAUUGAAUAUGUUUGA